CUUCCAACACAUACAGAAGGUUUGACUUAGGAAACCCUUAAUAUAUAGGGUUCCCUCAUUUUAGAAACAACCUCAACUUCUUCUCACGCGGCCGGCGUUCGUCUUCAAGAAUCCACAAAACUCUCGAAAAUCUCUUUAUAAGCUAAACAAAAAAGCAAUGGUGAAGUAUAACUUCAAGAAGAUAACAGUAGUCCCAAACGGGAAACAGUUCGUGGACAUCAUCCUCUCACGCACUCAGCGCCAGACACCAACCGUGACCCACAAGAGCAACAAGAUCACCAGCCUCCGCACCUUCUACAUGCGCAAAAUCAAGUUCACCCAAUCAAACUUCUCCCAAAAGCUCUCCACCAUCGUCGACGACUUCCCUCGCCUCGACGACAUCCACCCUUUCUACGACAACCUCCUCAGCGUCCUCUACGACAAGGACCACUACAAGCUCGCCCUCUCCCACCUCACCACCGCCAAAAACCUCAUCUCGAGAAUCGCCGCAGACUACGUGAGGCUCGUCAAGUACGGCGACUCUCUCUACCGGUGCAAGUCCCUGAAAGUCUCCGCCCUCGGCCGCAUGUGCACCGUCAUGAAACGCGUCGGUCCUAGCCUGGCUUACCUCGAGGAGGUCAGGCAGCACAUGGCGAGGCUCCCUUCGAUAGACCCUAGCGCAAGGACUCUAUUGAUCUGCGGGUGCCCUAACGCGGGAAAGAGCUCUUUUAUGAAUAAAGUCACGAGAGCUGACGUGGAUGUCCAGCCGUACGCUUUCACCACCAAGUCUCUCUUCGUCGGUCAUACUGAUCACAAGUGUUUGAGGUAUCAGGUGGUUGAUACUCCCGGGGUUUUGGAUAGGCCUGUGGAGGACCGUAACGUUAUUGAGAUGUGUAGCGUCACUGCCUUGGCGUAUCUUAGAGCUGCUGUGUUGUUCUUUUUGGAUGUUUCCGGCUCUUGUGGUUAUAGUAUCGCUCAGCAGGCGUCUCUUUUCCACAGCUUGAAGGCUUUGUUUGUGGACAAACCGUUGGUGAUUGUUUGCAACAAGACUGAUUUGGUGGCCGUGGAGAGCCUGUGUGAAGAAGAUUUGAAGCUGAUUGAAGAGAUGAAGGGAGGGAAUGAAGAGGUAUUGGUUUUGAGUAUGAGUGCUCUGACGGAAGAAGGCGUGAUGGCUGUGAAGAACGUUGCUUGUGAGAAGCUGUUAGAUCAAAGAGUAGAGGAAAAGAUGAAAUCUAGAAAUAUUAAUGACCGCUUGAACAGGUUCCACGUGGCGAUGCCGAAGCUUCGUGAUGAUAAAGAAAGGCUCCCUUGUACACCUCAGGUGGUUAUGGAAGCUGGUGAAGAGAAGAAGAAGACUGAGAAAGAUUUGGAAGAUGAGAAUGGUGGAGCUGGAGUUUAUUCUGCUUCUCUGACGAAGAAGUACAUCUUGGCUGAUGAAAGCUGGAAGUAUGACAUCAUACCUGAGAUUUGCGAUGGUCAUAACGUUGCUGACUUUAUGGAUACAGACAUUUUGAAUAGGCUUGCGGAGUUGACAAGUGAAGAAGACCGUAGAAAGGCUGAGGUUGAGGAUGAAGAAGAUGAGUUUGAGAUUGAAGGCGAGAAACUCACAGAGGAUCAGAAGAGACAGCUGGCUGAUAUUCGUAAGCGGAAAGCUUUGUUGAUUCAAGAGCAUAGACUCAAGAAGAGCAAUGCACAGAACAGAGCAACCGUUCCAAGAAAGUUUGACAAGGACAAGAAGUUUACAAGGGAGAGAUUGGGUAGAGACUUGUCGUCCCUUGGUCUUGACCCUUCUUGUGCCAUGAACCGUGCAAGAAGCAAAUCUAGAGGCAGAAAGAGGGAGAGAUGUGAUGAUGUGGAUAUGGAGGAUGUGCAACAAAGUAAUAAGAAGCUGUGUUUGAGAUCUUUGUCGAGAUCGAGAUCAGUGUCACGGCAUCCGCACGAAGUGAUACCUGGUGAAGGUUUCAAAGAUUCUAUCCAGAAGAUUAAGGCUAUUAAGAUUGGGAACAAGUCUCACAGGAAUAGGAACAAAGAUGCACGCCGUGGAGAAGCUGACAGAGUUAUACCAACACUUAAACCAAAACACUUGUUUUCAGGUAAAAGAGGGAAUGGAAAAACUCAAAGGCGUUGAGAUCAAAUAAUCAAAGGGAAUAUGCUAAGUAAGCUUAAUGAAGGGACUGAAGAAUAUGUCACUUUUUUAUAUCUUUUUGUUUACUAUUGAUAUGUUGCUUUUAUAAGUUUAUUUCUUGGAAACAGCUAUUAAUGAUAAACGUUCUUUUAUAUGAU